CUGAUGGCAAACUCGGUGCUGGCAAUAGGCACUGCUACCGCUGCCGAUUGGAGAAUCUUUGAAGUAGACUUGAUAUCCCCGCGCAACAUGACCUACACCCCUCAGGCGUUGAUGCCCAUUGUGUUUGCGCUGCAGAGUCCGGCUUUAUCUUAUGCUACUGCAGCUAGUAUUUUCUGGAGCGUGUGGGAAGGCAACAAUCUUACAUCCCCGGGCUCCAUUAUUGACGGGGUCUUGGAGCUGGAUGUGGGCGACAAUUGGAACCUCACUUCGUCGGAACCUCACUUCGUCACCCGAUUCUUCAACACUGUCAAUUAUCCGGAAGGCUUCUGGACCUUGAGCUGGAGUCUUCAGCUUUACAAUUGCUCUGACAAUCCGGAAAAGCAAGGUGUUCAAUUUAUCACGACCAGCAAUACCACCACUUUCACUGUCAGUCGCCGGUCAGGGAAGGCCCCUGAUCUCGUGGCAGCCACAUCUUCCGAGACGUGUGGCGCCACAGUCGCCUAUGCAUAUAAUGUCACUGGGGGCGAUUACGGAUGCGGCUUUAUGGGUCCCAAUGUGACUGCCAACCCGUGCUCGGUGACAAUCAAUCCUUCGGCCGCAUCCAGUAUCAUGGCAGCCGCCACGGAGAUGGCAUGUUCUCCUAUGGAGACUGGGGUGUACCCUAAUGUCAGUUGUCCGGCAUUCCCGGUCGAAUCCUCGAAUGUCGCGGCAACAUUGCAUAUGGCAGCAGCAGUGUCGACAUGGCUUACGCUGUUGGCCCUCGUGACUGCCUUGAUUCACCUCGGAUGA